CUCGCGAGAAUAUUAGCUUAUUGGAGGAGUAAGCACACUGCAAGAUUGGAGUUGCAAGAAAAGACAUCUCCAAAAAGUAACAACUAAAGAUGUCUGGACGGUCAGGUCGCGCGGAGACACGAAGUCGUGCUAAAGAUGAUAUUAAAAAGGUGCUGGCAGCAAUUGAAAAAGUGCGUAAAUGGGAGAAGAAGUGGGUAACUGUGGGAGACACAUCCCUACGCAUAUUCAAGUGGGUGCCUGUGACAGACACUAAACAGAUAUACCGGAGCAAAUCCAUAACUGGAGAGGUUCGAGGUCUAAAAGAUGUGGUGUUGGAAAACACCAGCUCUACCAUGGAUUUCCUAGAUGAAUGCAGCAACCAGAGUUUCCUGUCUGAUGUCUACCAGCCCAAAAUGGACAGCAGCAGCUCAAGCUCCCAGCAUGCCAGUGAGGCAGUCAGUCCUCUUCCUCACACCACAACACUCCGCAUGGCCGAAGAUGCUCAACCACCCAUGCUGGGCCAGGAGAGUGUGGACGAGCCAUCCCAGCCAGCACAUGAAGUUGCUGAUGAGCCUCCCACAUUGAUCAAGGAAGACCUGGUUUUGCCCCUUGGUGUUCGAGUAAGAGUUCCAUGCACAGAGGAAGAAGAAGAGGAAUCAGGAGCCCCUCCACUGAAGAAAAUUUGCACUGAAAAAAAAGUCUGUACUGAGAUAACUAGUUGAUUGGAUGGACAUGCAUGCAACCCAUGCACUCUAUUGAAGGAUUCAAAUGGGACAUACGAGUAACUGCCCAAAUAAUGGAAACACUUGAGUAAAUGAGGGAUACAAAGUAUAUUGAAAGCAGGUGUUUCCACCCAGGUAUGGUUCCUGAGUUAAUUACAUUUACAUUUACAUUUAAGUCAUUUAGCAGACGCUCUUAUCCAGAGCGACUUACAAAUUGGUGCAUUCACCUUAUGACCUUAUUCUUAUAAUUAAGAAAUUAACAUCCCAUGUGCUUAGGGUCGUGUAUAAAAAUGCCAGGCAGGCCAUUAUUAUGGCCAUUAUUUUGGCUACCAUGGAUAUGUUUAAAAAAAACAUAGUAUGACAAAACACCAAAUUAUGCCAUUUCUUAUGGAAGAAUGGUGUCGUCUUCCUCCAAUAGAUUUCCAGACACUUAUAUAAUCUAUGCCAAGUUGCAUUGAAGCUGUUCUGGCUCGUGGUGGCCCAACGCCCUAUUAAGACAUUGUUGGUGUUUCCUUUAUUUUGGCAGUUAUCCCUACAGACAUUAUUAUAAAAUAUGCAUUUCUGUUAAUCAAGUCACUACAAAUGGAAUAUGUUUAAAAAAGAAAGUUGAAGUUAUUAUUUUAAGUUGUUUUUUUAAAUACAAUUUUACUUUCUCUGCUUUGAAAGUAAUUUUAAGCCGUUUAAUGCGUUACACUGUACAUAGUCGUGCUCAAAAAAAGUGCCUAUCGCUCUGAAUUAUACACUAUAUAUUUAUUUUCUGUCAGACAAGUGUCUCAUAUGUUAUGCUAUUCGUAGAAAUUGCACAGAUCUAAAUCAUUAUGGCCCCUAUUCAAUGAAAUGGGUUUGUUAAUUCUGAGGGAUGAAGUUGAGCAUAUAUUAAUUAACAAUCUGUUGAGUUUCUUUUGUUUCACACGGUUAGUGCUGUUUUGUUAAAUACAUUUAUCCAAGCAGCACGGAAGUAUGAGGGGAAACUCAUUCCGGUCACUGGAUUUUAUCGAAUAUGGGCUGAAGUUUUUGGAAUAUUUUUUUACAUUUGUACUUCGCUUUGCAAAUAAGAUUAGACAACUGUUUGUCAUGUCUAUCCUUUUUGAUAUACUCUUAUCUUGCUUCUUAAAUUUUCAUAUGGCAUUGGAUGUGACUGGUAUAGCAUGAGUUUGAAUGGUGAACGAGGUUGAAAAGUAGUUAAAGACCUUGUAUUGUUAUUCAGAGAUAAUUUCUUAUGGUCAGGUGGGUCAUGCUCUCAAGUGUUUAUUUUCUGCUGCAAAAGUGAUGCACAUGCUGGAAUAUACCCUGCUCCAUAGUAAAAUAUGGUUGAUAUUGUG